CAAUCAUUUAAACCAUUUUGACUAUUAUGUUCAAUAGUAUUGAACAGGAUUUGAAAUUUGUACUACCAACGGAGGGUGCAUUACACAUUUCAGAAAUAUCGCUUGACUUGGGUUGUUGAGAUCAGUCUUUUCAGCUCCUCUCUUCGUACUUCGGCAUUUUAGAUCACUGUAUUAUUAUUCCAAAAAGACAGCUGACUACAGGUGAAUAUGUUGUUCGGUAGUUCUGCAGGGCUGUACAAAGUAAUCUCGUCUUUGUCAAAUAGCACUGGGAGAUACAUGUUUUCAAGUGCCGGUCCAGUAGAAUCGCGAUUAAACCUGGUUUUAUCUCAGAAGUUCAAUCCGAGCUUCUUGAGAAUAUAUAACGAAAGUCACCGUCAUAACCAGAAAAUAGGUGGGGAGACGCAUUUCAGAGUUAUAAUCGUGUCACAUCAUUUUAAUAAUCUUUCUCCUGUACAGAGAGAACGCUUAGUGUAUAAAUCAGUUGAACAUGAACUGCAGUCUGGUGUGCAUGCUUUAUCAGUUAUAGCUAGAGCAGUUGAUGAACCUUUGGAUAUACAUACGUCUCCACCCUGCCAGAAGUCUUUGUCAUAAUGUAUUUGCCAAGUGUCUAAUACGAAUGUCUAUCUGUGCUGAUUCUAUGAAAUAUUGUCCAAGCUUACGGGAGAACCAACUAGUCAAUGUACAUGUUAUCGCAUCAUUUUAAAUACAAACAAUUUCUGUAUUGUCAGCAAUGUUAUGUUAUCGUUUAUUACUGUUUUUGAUUUGUAUUGGGGAACAAGCAUAUAUAUGUUAACUUGUUUGACCCUUUCUUGUAAUGCGUGAGACUUAGAGUAGUUGUCUG